AUGUCUGGAAUGAACCCAAACACUUCCAUAGUCCAGGAAUUCAUCAUUGUUGGGUUUCCUGGUUUCCAAGAUCAGGACAGCAAGAAAAUAUUUUCUGGUGUCUUCCUGUCUGCAUAUUUGCUGAUACUACUGGGAAACCUUUUAAUUAUUUUUAUAUUUGUAAAGGAUGAGAGUCUUCAUACUCCAAUGUAUAUGCUCAUCUGCAGUCUGGCCAUUCUGGAUAUCAUCCUGCCUUCAGUUAUCAUUCCUAAAAUGUUAGUAGUCUUCAUGUUUGACUAUAAAGCUAUCUCUUUUGUUGCCUGCUUCAUCCAGCUUUUAUUUUACCACGGCUUGAUCACCUCAGAGUCUUUUCUUCUUGGUCUCAUGGCUUAUGAUCGAUAUAUGGCUAUUUGUCACCCCUUGCAUUAUCCUAGCCUUAUGACGAACACACAAGUUUUAAAGUUCAUUGUUUGCUGUUGGGUUGGCGGUCUUUGUGGUCCAAUACUUCCCGUCAUUUUAGCAGUCAGGUUGCCAUUCUGUGGACCCAAUAUGGUUGUCCACUGUUUCUGCGAUCACGUGUCUGUUGUGAAACUGACCUGUGCUGACAUCACCAUCAACAGCUAUGUGGCGUUAACCAUCUCUCUGUCCACCCUCUUCAUCCCACUGACAUACAUUCUCUUCUCAUACAUCAGAAUCAUCCAUUCAGUGUUCAAGAUUGCCAGCUCAGAGGGGCGACUCAAAGCUUUCUCGACCUGUGGAACUCACCUUCUGGUCAUUUCAGUCUUCUUUCUCAAUGCCGCUGGAGUUUCCAUCUCUUACCGUGUGUCUAGCACUUCAGUAGAUAUGCGCAUCAUGGCGUCUCUACUCCAGAGCAUUAUUCCCCCUUUGCUGAAUCCAAUCAUCUAUUGCCUGCGGACUAAAGAGAUCCGAGAGAGCUUUUUGAAAACCCUUCAAAGAACGAAAAUAUUGCCAAAGAGAUAA